UUGCAGGGAAAAACACUGGUAGUAGACACAUGCUGCCAGUUCUCCAUCGCUCCAGCAGCCAGCGGGUGCAACAAUCGAAUCAACAGUAGCAGCCGAAAACCCUGCCUCUACGGAAGCCUAUCGGUAGUCUAUCGUGAAUUCAGCACUUCCAGCAGCCGCCAUGCCUGCGGCAGCACCAUCGUGAGCAGUCGAAACAGCAGCAGCAGCAGCACUAGCAGCGCAUCCAGCAACACCAACACCAGCGAAGCCCCUGAAGAAGUCAGCGUGCGGUACUACCGCGGACUGCCCCACGUCACCGUGCCACUGCCCUCGCGGAACGAACGCUGCCAGUUCACGCUCCGACCGGUGACGCAUUCCGUCGGUGACUUUCUCGAGAUGCUGAAGGUGGAGGACCGCGGCAUCGACCGGGCGGCCAUCCUUAACCGCGACGGCGUCCGGAUAGCGGCCGCGUGCUCCAUCGAGAACUUGAUGGAUGACGAGUUUUGGCUGCAUCUGAACGACAGACAAUACUACGUUAAGCCACCGAAACGUGAAAAAAUUACCUCAGAAGAAAUCACUAGACUAGGAGACGUGCAGGCACUCGUAUCACAGCUGUACGAAGCCUUGCACGUGGGCGAGUACCAGAUCCAGAAGGAACGCGAACUGAACGGCAAGCUGGAGCAGCUGAACGAGAAGCUCGGCCCGCUGGAAGUGAAAAAGACCGAGCUAGAUCUGAAGGCGGCCCGCAAGACGAACGCCCUGACCUGGGUCGGGUUGGGCCUAAUGUCGGUACAGUUCGGGGUGCUGGCCCGGUUGACCUGGUGGGAGUACUCCUGGGAUAUCAUGGAACCGGUGACGUACUUCGUCACGUACGGUACGGCCAUGGCCGCGUACGCUUACUUCGUCCUUACGAAGCAGGAGUACAUGCUACCGGACGUGAAAGACCGGCAGCAUCUGAUCACGCUGCACAAGGCGGCGAAAAAGGCGGGCGUAAAUUUGGCCGAAUACAACGACAUCAAGCGGCAGAUCGCGGAGAUCGAGUACGAUCUACGCCGGCUGCGUGAUCCCCUGUACAUGCAUCUACCGGCGAGCCCGCCGAAAAGCCUCACGUACAGCCAGAGCGAGAUCACCUCCGCGAAAAAGGCCAGAAUUGCGGCUGCCGACGGGACCGCUUCUGCUGUGAACCGCAGCUCACUCGGCAGUGGGCUUAAGAGCACAAACUAAUCACCGAUUUGGUCAGAAAAGGAUCCCUAGAGAAGUGGAGGCGGUGUGGCGUGGUGGAAAUUUUGGCGCAUGGCCAAGUGAAGAGGGUUCAAUGCUAACAUUCGGUACAUGCUUAAGAUGAUGGCAGCAAACGAAAAGGUGGAAAAAGAUAGCGAAACAACGUGAAAUGGUUGUCGCAGCUCGAAUUAUCACAAUCCCCCACAAUCAAAGUCCAAUACUGCAUGAAAAAAGACGGGCAACACACGUUGAUCGUCUGAAUGCGUGCACACUUAAAUACGCACAACCGGGUAUAUACACUAGAAGAUGUGAGAUGGCAUAAUUGCGCGAAAAGCGUUGAAAAUUACACGGCGUACGAGGCAUUCACGCCGCAAUGUGCAAGUGAUUGGAAAGAAUCUUGCCCGAGGAAAGGAGCAAUACGUUUCGUAGCGAUGCACGGACGGCUCUAGGAUCUUACGGUACGUGUGCCUACAGUUUUUUUUUGUUACACUACUGCUCGUGCUAACACUACCUACGGUGAGGGCCAGGUACUUAUCGUACAUCACACAGGAAAAGCCAGCAGCCAUGCUGGUGCGCAACAUCAGACAGCCCCGGUCGGAUUGUUUCCGUUGUAGUUUCGUUGUAGUUGUGUUUGUUUUUUCUUUGUAUCGGUUUCUAACAAACUUGUGUUGCGUCUUUAGUUUAUAUACCAUAUGCUCUAUGUUAAAUUAUUAUUCUCCGUUUCGGGAAAGCGCACGUUCUCAGCACAGUUCACCACGUGUAAACCGACCAACAGUGCAAUGUUGUGCAUUUUUGUUUUAUUUCCGAAUCAUUUUAUCGAAUGCCACUCAGCAAAACGUGUAUUGUGUAUGAUCGCGUUUACCUACCACGAGAGGGACGAGUUUUCAACUUGUGUGUUAAAGUAUAUUUUAUAUUUUGUCGUGUAAUAGAAUCUCUGUCGGAGAAGAACCUCAUAUGUUUGUAUCUGCUUCGUUUGUAGCGUUAUAAUUAAGCAAAAUCGCAACACUUGUAUGUGUAAAGUAACCACAUUGGAGUUACCUCCUAGCGGAAAGUACGUGCACUUGACGAGAUAUAUUUGAUUGAAUGAAAAAGGCGCUCAAAGCGUGUCAUAUAUUAGGAAAAAAAACGAAUGUAAACGCUUAAUUUGUAUGUUUUUCUUAGUGUCAACAUGGGUUUGAAAUAAAUCAACAC